CUGACUUGUGAGUGAUAGAAAAAAUAGGCAUUACUUAGAAAUAGUCAUGUGACUCAUAUUGGUAAAAAAAAUUGGUGCACCCUAAUCCUUACCUAUAUUAGACUUACUAGAAGAGUCUAGAACAUCCCACUACCAUUCUACCGUUUGCACCAAAGUUGGCGCUUUGACAGCCAGAGGUUAACCUCAAGAAAACAAACAGUUGGUUUUAAGAUUUCUCUUCAAGGAUUCUGAUGAAGAGCAGCUCAGAUGAGGAUUCUGGAAUAAGUGAUUCUGAGAUUGAGGAGUACGCGGAGAAACCAUACCAAGCCUUGAGAAACAAAACUUACAAAGUAUGGACUGUAAAAGGCAACCUUAGAUGCCCAUUCUGUGCAGGAAAAAAGAAGCAAGAAUAUGCCCUCAAAGAUCUACACCAGCAUGCUUCAGGUGUUGCCAAAGGUGCUGCUCAUAGGAGUGCCAAACAGAAGGCUACUCAUCUUGCAUUGGCAAGAUACUUGGAAGUUGACUUAGGUUUUACACCACUUCAAACUAACCAACCAGUUGAGGCAGAACAACAACUUAGUGAACCAGAAGAGGUCUUCUGCUGGCCAUGGAUGGGCAUUGUUGUCAACAUUGUGGAUGAUGAUUCAAAGACUGAUAGUGGAUUUUGGAUGAACACUUUCUCGAUGUACAGACCACUUGGAGUUGAAGUUUUCCACAAUGAGCAAGAAGGUACUGCAAAUGCUGUUGUGCUGUUUGAGAAAGAAAUGAAAAGUCACAAGGUUUCACUGGAUUUUGAGAAGUCCUUUAUAGCUGAUCGUCGUAGCAAGAAGGAGUGGAUUGCAAACAAAGGUGAUCUUGGUUCGCGUAUCUAUGGAUGGAGAGCUUGUGCAGAUGAUUACUACUCAGAGGGGCAGAUAGGAGAAUACCUUCGCAAGAACACCGAGCUCAAGACACUUUCUGAUAUUAUUCAACAAGGAAAAGAGGCUAGUAGAACUGUUGUCAUCUUGGCAAAUGAGAUUGAUGUGCAAAAUCAAAAUAUGAUCGAAAUGGAAUCCAUGGUCUCUGAAAAAAGUAUGUCCAUGAGUCGGAUGCUUGAAGAAAAAGAUGAGCUGCUGCAAACAUUCUAUUCAGAUACCCAGAAUAUGCAGAGAAUGGCAAAAGAACAUGUUGAUAGGAUAUUACAAGAGCGUGAGAAGAUGAUGCAUGAACUGGAGGCUAAGAGAAGAGAGCUUGACCGGCGCACCAGGGAGUUAAGCAUGCGUGAGGUCUUAACUGUGCGUGAAAGGCAGAAACUCGAGGAGGAGAAGCUGCAGAAUGAUGAAAGAAACAAGGCACUAUACAUGGCUUCAGUGGAACAGCAGAAAGCAGAUGAAAAUGUUUUGAGGCUUGUUGAAGUACAAAAGAGGGAGCAGGAAGAGGCCUUGAAGAAGAUUCUUCAGUUAGAAAAGGAGCUGGAUGCUAAGCAGAAGUUGCAGAUGGAGAUUGAGGAGUUAAGAGGAAAACUAGAAGUCACCAAGCAUCUUGGAAAUGAUGAUGACAUUUCAGUCCAGAUGAAGUUGAAACAGAUUUCUGAUGAGUUGGAUGAAAAGAUUGAAGACAUGAAUCAUUUGGAAGCUAUGAAUCAAACUCUUAUGAUUAGACAAAGGCAGAGCAAUGAUGAACUACAGCCAGCUCGUGCAGAAUUAAUCGCCGGUUUGUUGGAAAUCCUGCAAAGUAAUCGAACUAACAUUGGAGUCAAGAGAAUGGGGGAGAUUGAUGAGAAGGCCUUUGUAAACGAGUGCAAGAAGAGAUUCAAAGGAGAUGAGGUCUUGAUAAAGGCAAGUAAAGGGUGCUCAUUUUGGCAGGAGAAAUUGAAAGAUCCAGCAUGGCAUCCUUUCAAAAUUACUCACACUGAUGGAAAGACUAAGGAAGAAAUCGAUGAGCAAGAUGAGAAACUGACAAGGCUAAAGGAGAAGUGGGGUGCUGAAGUGUAUAACUCAGUUAAAGUUGCCUUACUAGAGAUUAAUGAAUACAAUCCAAGUGGGAGAUAUGUGGUGAAUGAGCUCUGGAACUAUAAGGAAGGUCGAAAGGCUACUGUGAAGGAAGUUGUAAGCUAUGUGUUUAAGAAUCUGAAGGCUCUGAAGCGCAAGAAGUGAAUAUAAGUUGCUGUCUGAAACUAUUCUUGAGUGGGAUCUGUUUGAUUUUUUUAUUUGCAUGAACCGAGAAGACGAACAAGAGGAUUAGGAGACGAGAUUUGAGACUAAUGAUGUGAGGCUUAGAAUGUACAUAGUUACUCUUUUGCAGUUCUGCUUAUAAUGGUGUGUGGGAGGUGAUAAACAACAUCUGAUUUUGACAAGAAAUAGCAUUUGAAUAUGUAAAUCCAUAACUCUGAAUUAUAUAGGAGCUUCUGAAAUUGCUUGUUAGUGAGUGCACAGGAAGAGGGAGCCUUGUUUUGGAUGCAGAUUGACAGCAUCUCAUUUUGAAAGUUUUGAUCUGAUGAGUGCCUUGGUUUUUUUUUUUGGAGAUGUUAUACAGUUUUCUUUGGUGCAAAAGAGACCUUUUUUACUGAUGUUUCUACGUUAA